AUGAACUAUAAUGUGCACUUUUCCAGGGUGUCACCAGAGAUGGACGGGCUGUUUGAGCAGGUAGAAGGCCUACUGUGCGACGCACUGGCUCAGUCGGAGGGUUUGAGUCCGGAACAGUCGGAGAUGGCGGUCUCCGUUAUUGCCGUGUGUCGGCAUUCAGAAAAGCUAUUAAGGGCAAACGAAGUACUGUCAAUAGUUGUGACAUCAGGGGCUCUUACGCGGCCUCCAGCAGAUGAAGUUGGAUCCGUUUCGGAGGCGCAGAAGCAGCCGCGGCCAUGCCGCGACCAAGCCCAAGCCCAAGCCUCCAGUGCACGGGAUUUCAGCAAGUGCGCUACAGAGGAGGCCUUAGGCAUGGAUUGCCGAGGCCACGGGCCCUGCAGCCGCACGAGUUCCUCAGACGGGUCCUCGGAGCCGCGAGCAAAUACGUCAGUGACGCCAUCUAGCGCAACGAGCGCCGCACUUGCCUGCAGCGGCGCAAUCACCUUGUCCAAAACGGGCACGACAAUUCUCCGCCCGGCUCUGUACAACCCGAAUGGCGCACUUCGCCCACGAAGCGCUCCUCCAACAGCCUCGUCCUUGUCGUCCUCUUCCUGCGCUAAUGCCGGGUCCGCUUCGAUUAAUGCUAUCGCUGCCGCGUCUGCUGCCACUAACGCCAGUACCAAACCGGACAUUUCUGUCCUCGCCUCCGCGGUGGCGGCCUCUAAACUCGGUCUAGUUGACCAACUGAGCCAGGCGCUCACCAGCUGCGCUGCUGUGGCGUUUGCAAAGGACGCCGAGGACCGCACCUGUCUGCACUACGCUGCCGGCUACGGUCAUGAGGAGUGUGUAUCUCUGCUGUUAGAGCACCGCAGCGAUACCCGGGUGCGGGACGCCAAUGGAGAUGUACCCCUCCAUUUUGCAGCCAUACACGGCCACCCGAUGUGCGCUUACAACAUUACCAAGGCCUGUCCCUCAACUUGCCUAGCUCGCAAUUAUCGGGGUCAGACUCCCGUGGAGGUGGCGGUGGCGUGUGAGAGAGGGGAGGUGCUCAACGCCAUGCUGCUGGCGUGUGCGGGCGACGGGAGCGCGGGGAUCACGGUGCAGGCCAUGCGUAAGCUUCUGGCCAGCGGUGCCGUACCCGACACGUGGGCCCCCAACGGCAGUUCAGCGCUAAUGCUAGCCGCCGCCGCCAACGGUACGGAAGCCAUGACUGUACUGCUGGAGGCGGGUGCCACCCUGGAGCUUCAGGACGCACUGGGACGCUCCGCCCUCAUGUUUGCAGCCGGUAACUGCGCCAAAGACACACUGGUGGCGCUGCUGGAUGCGGGCGCCUGCAUCUCCCAACGAGACCGCCGGGGACGCAAUGUGCUGGACUAUGCCCCCGCGGGUAGCGAGGUGCGCCGCCUGCUGCAGGCGCGCUUGGACGAGCUGGAGGCAGUCGCUAACAAGCUGCAGGCGGACUUGUUGGCGAGUUUGGGUUCAGAGCUGGAGGCCGCUGCGGGUGGAAGCUUGGGCAGUGGCAUGGAAGUCAAGCCCGCGCUCAGCGGUGGCGGCGGCGGCAAGCAGAAGAAGAAGCAGCAAUCAGCCGGGAGGAAGGGCAGCACGGCCGCGGCUACCAACGGUACCCCGAAAGCGUCACCCGGUGCUGCUCCCACUGACGGCAUCGGCGCGGCCCAGCCCACGGGUAGCAGCGCCGCAGCUGGUGUAGGAGCGAUGGCAGCGGUGAAGGCCAAGUCGGCGCAGCCCAUGGCCGCUGGGCCUGCGCAGCCAGCCUCAGAAAGCGCGAUCGAAUCUGACGGCACCGUGAGCGCGGGUGCCGACUCAGAAGGGACCCAAGGAGUCCAGCCCUCAGCGGCGCCGCCGGCGGCAGCCACGGAUGCUACAUUCACAACGGCGGCAACGGUGCCGACGGCGUCAACGUCAAAGGCCUCAGCCAACGGAGCUCAGGAAACGGCGGAGGGGAAACGUGGUUCAGCUGCGUCAUCAUCCACCAGUGCUCAGUCGCCCCAGGCCCAGCGGCAGCCGGACCACGGCGGUUGUAACGGCGGUGACGAUCAUGGCGAUGACAGUGAGUGGCAGACCGUCUCUUCAUACAAAUGUGCGACUAAGGCCCGCCAGCAGCAGCAGUACCAGCAACAGCAGCACUAUGAGAACGAAGCGCUGCGGGGAGCAGCCGGCCCCGGCACUGGAUUCGCCGCCAUGUUAUCGUGUUCCUCAGGUUCGGGGACGUCUGCGACGGCGGCGGCAGGAGCAUGGGGGGGCGGCGGCGGCCGUCAAGGCCGCGGGGUUUCCACCGCCUUGGCAGCAGGUCGAGGUGCCGCGGCUUCUGGAAGGCCGACCCAACCACAAGGCUCCGUGCGAGGGCAUCUGGCGCAGGCGAACAGCGGAGGCGGCGCCGCCACUACCGUUGUGGUCGCGGCGUCUAGUUCAACGCAAUCCAAGGGCUCUCCUGCCUCUGUCGGGCACUGCAAUGGCAGCGCCACGGGCCAGAAUGGGCCGACACCUGUUCGAAGAGCACAGCCGUCACCGCCACUGCCGUCAAACAUCGCGGUGGCGGCAACGGCAACGGCCGCUCCAGUGGCUCCAAUGCCUGGUUUUAAAGCGGCUCUGCUGGGGUUGGAAACCGGCGCUGUCGCCUCUGCUGCCGCCGCUGUGACGGGUUCUUCCGUACUGGGAAGCGCGCCGAUGGCUGCCACCGCCGCCUCUGCCGCCAGCAAAGCCGCUGACGUGCAUCUUGACCUGCCGCCGAUUGCUGUGCAAAAUGUGGCAGCUCGCGUCUUGACUCUGCCGCGGCCUCCGCCCACACCGGCGUCCACAUCAGGCUCGGGCGUGACCACAGUUUGCCCUUCGGCAAUGACAGCGGUGACGACGUCUUCGGCGUCUACGGAACGGAAGCCAGCCUGGGGGGCAGUGAAGCUGGGAGUACAGCUUGCCGCCGUGACAUCUGUCGGCGGUUGCAGCCCACGGUCGUACCCCCCGCUGAGCGCGGCCACCGCUAAUGCUGAUAGCAGCAAUAGCAGCAGCGGCAAUGGUACCGAAGCUCCUCAGGUGCAGGCGCUUGCCGCAAAAGCAAAAACCGUCAUUGCGCAGGCCGGGGCAUCUGCUGCCUUUGCUGGGUCAGGUCCUUGGCAGCCUCUUGUCUCAGCGCUUGCCACCGCUGUGCCGCAGUUGCCGGCGGCUCCGCCUCCCACGCCGGCGGCGGCGGCACCAGCGGCGGAGGCGGCGAACCCUCUGGCGCCGCCAUCCUGCGUGGAGACGUGCAGCGCCGCGGCGGUAUCCAUGGCGCCCUCCAUGGCAUCACUCGCCGAGUCGGAGAUUUCUUCCACCGGUUUGAGCACUUGCAGCAGCCACCGCCCAUGCGGCGGCGCCUCGCCGCGGUCAUUUGGCCAUGACUGGACGCGACCUAGCCCCGUAGAUGUACUGCUGCAGGCGGCCAUUGCUGCCGCCAGUGGCGGCGGAAACUGUGGCCGCCAGACAGGCGACGGCGGCAAGCGCCUUGGACAUAGUAAAUGCAGCAGCGCAGCGAGCAGCAGCUGUCUGUCCUUUGACAUUGCCGCGGGUGCCGCCGCCGGGUUGCCACCGACGCCGUGCGAUUUGGCGCCGCCGCAGCAGCUCCAGCCAACCCAGCAGCAGUCGGAGACGCCAUGCCUGGGGGUCAGCCACCUAGGGGGAACGGAAGUCCCGCCACCCAUACGGCGUGCCAGAGGUGAGGCUACGGCGACAGCACAGGCAGAGGGAAUUUCGCUGGUAGCGGGGAUAGCCCUGCCGCCGCAGCCGGUAGCGUCCUCGGGGGCACCGUUAUCGUCACCGUCGAUGGCGGUGGGCAGUCCUGGAAGGACCUCAGGCGACCUCGCAGCCGCUCAUGCUGGUCAGCGUUCUGGUUGUAUGUCUGGCGGCGGCGGCUGUGGUAGUGGUGGCUCUGCCGCCGCUGCCAACGGCGGCGGGUACCGCAGCGGUAGUAAGGCCGCUGCUGCCGCUGCCGCUGGCGGUAGCUUUCCCGCGGCUUCCGAGGUGGCGAGGCUGAAGGCGGAUAAUGAGGUCCUACAGCGUCGCCUCCGUCAGAUGGAACAACGUCAUAGCCAGGAGCUCGCAGCCGUCUUUUUCGACGCGGAAGCACAUGAGGCGGCGGUGGUUGAGAGAGCUAUUGCGCAGGAGAGGCUCCGGAUCACGGCCAACCUGCUUGCCAUUGGCCUGUGUCCGGAGGCCAUCCUUGCCGUCAUCACGCCCCCGGGACACGGACUGGACCUGCAGCAGCUCCUUGCUGCCGAACUCAGCGGCACCGCUGCCGCCGGGCUCACGGUGCCUCCAUCAAAACAGCAGCAGCAGCCGGUGCAGGGACCGCAGCAGCGGCAGGUAGCGGCUGCGGCCAUUUCCCUGCCCGCUACCCUGGAUGUGAUGUCGCCGACAGCGACACCGGCGCCUGCAGCUUCCUCGGCCUCUGCUACGACCAGGUCGUUGCCGUUGGUGCCGUCCUCGUCGAUGGCGGCGGUGAUUGCCUCGGGGGGCAUGGCGUCUUUGCCGUCGUCCUCGUCCGUUGCUACCGCCGGUACGGACCCUACUGGGAGCUGCCGUACUUCAGGUUCAGGCGUAGCUCCCGCCGCCGCCGGUGCUGGCUGCAGCGGCUGCAGCAGCAGCGUCCCCCGCUCGCAUCACUCGUCCUGCGAGUCUGGGUCUUGUGUGCAGUUUGCUGGCAGCGGUUGCUACGCGGAGGAGGGCGGCGGCGGCACAGGGGUCGCCUGCACAGGUAGCAGCUGCGCCGCCACCGCAGGGGUGGCCUGCCCUUCUGUGGCCGGUGACUGCGGCGGCGGCGGCUGUUCCACCGCACCCGCCAGGCCGUCUCUUCCGGUCUCCGCCGCAAUUGCCAUUCCGGGGGUGGGCAACGGCAGCCUGGGCUUCCCGUCGGCGGCAGCAGCUUCCGCCGCGGCGGCGCGCUCAGAGUCCUAUCGGGCUGUGGGUCUUGACGGCUUUGGCAGCCCUGGCGGCGUGGGGUCGGGGUGCUUCGGGGGCAUCCGGGGCAGUUUGGGUUCGGGUUGCGGUUUGGUGGGCAGCCUUAGCGUGGGUCUGGGUCUGGGCCUGCUGCCGAGCAUGAGUGCAAGUAUGGGUGUGGGCGAGGCCAGCGGUUGCGGCCUGACUGCAACGCUGGCAGCAGAGGCAGGGCCGGUUGCCGACGGCGAGGAGCAGGAGGACGGUGAGAUGGACCUCCCAGCUUGCGGCGACAUCUCGGCGCUGUUGGCCAUGUCAGACGAUGACAUGUAA